UCGCAGAGAAAUUUCAGUUAAUUUAAUCCAUGUGCAGAUACACUACUUGAAAACGUAAGUAAAAGUGAUGCUAAAUUUUUUUAAACAAUUAUCGCACAUUUAAAGAAAAUUUGUGGUAAUCUACGUUGUUUAUUUCGUCACGUGUUGUUAUUGACCUGCUCAGCGAUGUUAGUAUCGACCAAUCCUAGUGCACUCCUGUCCGAUAGUUAUUGUGACGUAUUUCUGCGCAAUCCACAAGGGAGUCUGGGUAUUAUGAGAUGUGUAGUUCGAGGAGUUUGACGAUCGGUGUCGGAGUUGGAAUUUCUAAGGGAGAUUCUUAACACCACACAGUCAGCUGGGUUUCACAAUAUUGAGGCUUUUUUAUGGUACAGUCAACGAAAAUGACCUCUGGCACCAUGAAAGUUUCAAGGAAGUUGCCUCCGCCGGAGCAAGAUGGUAGAACGAUUGUUCCACAGACGAAGAAACGAAGAACGCUUGAAGAUUUCAACACAUUUUGUAGUCUAAUCCUCGCAUACGAGGGAAAGCAAGAGGACGUUCGUCAGCGUAAUAGAAGUCCAAAUUCGUUGGAAAGCGUGUCGUCGAGUACGGAUUCAGCUUACAGCGAGACAGCUUCUUCACCGGCUAGUUCAAGUGGAGAUGAGAGAUUGCUCGAUGAUGUUGACGAGGAAUACAGCUCUGAUGACGAGUCGUGGAACAAAAUCACAUGUUACUGCCAAAAACCUUUCGCAGGACGACCCAUGAUCGAAUGUUCCGAGUGUCUAACGUGGAUUCACUUGUCAUGUGCCAAAAUACGAAAAUCAAACGUUCCCGACGUGUUCAUCUGCCAGAAAUGUCGGGACGCCAAACACACGAUGCGACGUUCGAAUCGAGUGCGAACGCAGCCGAAGACGAAAGCAAUUAACUUAAAAUCAUAGUCAGUUUUUCUUUGUAGAAUACUGUAUCACACCGAUCACUUCUAUCUAGUUCUUAGUCAGUCGUCGCUUUCAUAAUAUAAAUUUGUAAUUACUGUGAGACACCGAUCAAUGGUGAAAUGUCGAUGAAGUGCGAGUGACUGGCAUCGUGAGUUGUUCGACUGUUUGCCGUUAGUAGAGCGAAAAAGUUGGUAAGGGUUAGGUAGAGUUUCACGUGUAAAUUUCUUAGCAAUUUCAAAUCAAACUCAGUUUUUCACGAAACCUUGUACAGGAGCGCUAAAAAGAUGUCAUAUAAGAGUAUAUAUUUUAUGAAAUACUACAACUACAUGUACAUUACAUGCACGCGCGCGAUCGAUAGCUACCGAGACUGUUCGUAUGAUGUUUGUAUGUCCUUUGUUGGGCUGCGUCGUUACGGUUUGUAUAAAAGAAUGAAAAUGAAUAAAGAAAUACUUUACGUUCGA